CUUUGUCUCCGCAGCCUGUGGAGAAGAAGAGGCGACCUAGACCAAACCUUGUUGCUAGUCUAGUCUCCUGCCCAACUCAGCCGCAGUGCAACGACCAAAAACCGCAGUUCAUGCCGCCGCCGACGCCCUCCGCAGCGUUGACGCCGAUACCACGACGACCUCUCCAGGAAAUAUCCAUUGAGCCGACCGCCGCUCACCGAACCCGCUACCCAAGAAUACAACAACGCUGACGGCAGAGUCGUCGAGUCAGCUCCCGGCGCAGCCAUGGACAGCGCCGCGCAGGCCGUCGGCCAUGUCCACGGCUUAUACGCCCGCGCCGCCGCAGACAGGCCGGCCGCGUUCAAAGCGAUCGGCAUUGGGCUGGCCGUCGGCUCCGGAGUGUUCAUCGGGACAUCGUUUGUCCUCAAAAAGGUUGGGCUGCUCAAGGCGAAUGAGAAAUACAACGAGGUGGCGGGCGAGGGGUAUGGCUACCUCAAAAACGCCUACUGGUGGGCCGGCAUGACCCUCAUGAUCUUGGGCGAGGGGCUCAACUUCGCCGCCUACGCCUUCACAGACGCCAUCCUGGUCACGCCCCUCGGCGCGCUCUCCGUCGUCAUCACGACUAUCCUGUCUGCCAUCUUCCUGAAGGAGCGGCUCAGCAUGGUCGGCAAGGUCGCUUGUUUCCUGUGCAUCGUCGGAUCUGUUGUCAUCGUCAUGAAUGCGCCCCAGGAGUCGUCGGUCGCAACCAUCCAGGAGAUGCAAGAUUUCGUCAUCCACCCCGGCUUCUUGGCCUACGCCGGCGUGAUCCUCGUGGGCGCUGCUGUUGUGGCAAUCUGGCUGGGGCCCAAGUAUGGGAACAAGAAUAUGCUGGUCUACAUCUCCAUCUGCAGCUGGGUGGGCGGGCUUAGUGUUGUCGCUACUCAGGGGUUGGGUGCCGCCAUCGUUGCGCAGGCGGGCGGCACUCCGCAGUUCAAUCAGUGGUUCCUCUACGUUUUGUUGGUGUUCGUCAUCGGGACGCUCCUGACAGAAAUCAUUUACUUGAACAAAGCCCUCAACAUAUUCAAUGCCGCGUUGGUUACUCCUACGUACUAUGUCUACUUUACGAGCACCACCAUCAUCACCUCGGCCGUCCUAUUCCGGGGGUUCAAAGGGACCCCGACGUCCAUCGUUACCGUGGUAAACGGCUUCCUGACUAUUUGCGCCGGCGUCGUACUCCUGCAGCUGUCCAAGUCCGCCAAGGACGUGCCCGACACCGCGCUUUUCACCGGGGACUUGGACCAGAUUCACACCAUUGCCGAACAGCCACAGUCUGAAACGGAACCAAAGGCCGAUGCCAUUCGGGGCGCGGCGGCAAUCGUUAGGAGACUCUCCUCUGCCAGACAGAAGAUGGAGCUCGAAGAAUUUAAGCGACUACAGGAGGAAAAGCGACAGGAGAGCCUCGCGCCGGUUAGCGAGGACGGUGCGCCCAUCUACGAGUGGGAUGGGAUCAGGCGGCGACGAACUAUGACCGUCAGCACCCGCAGGUCCAUGACAUCCCCGGCGCCCACCCAAUUCGCGCCGCCCACGCCGCACCCCCCUCUGGGGUGGUCGCACUUCCCGACCCCGGAAGAGCUUGGCGAGGCUAACAGGCCACUCUCGCCGGCGCUCUCCAGCAUCGUCGGCACCAUCCGCACCAGAGCGCGCAGCGUGCUGCUGCCUGGGCAUCCCGACUUUCGCAAGACCGCCGAGCCGCCCAAGGUGCAAAGCCCGAUGCACCCGGUCCAGCUCACGUCGAUAGCAGUGGCCGGGUCAAAACCCGGGGAGAUCGAAGAGUACAGCCUGCCAGGCACCAGCGUCGGCGAGGACAGCUCACGGUCCGCGCGGCGGGUGCAAUUCGGGCCCGACUCCCGCAAUGUGUCUGAUGACAACCAGUCAGCCAUGUCUUACGCACCGCUAACCCCGCCAUCUCACUCCGCCCGCCGCCAGUUUUCCUUCCAUUCCAUGUUCCGACGCCACCAAUCCCACGCCCACGGCGACGGCAGCGGCAGCGGCGGCAGCGGGCACGACGACGCCGACCACCAGCACCACCACCACCACCCGCUGUUCGCGCGAGGGGCCCGGCAGGGGAUCUCGCCGCGCGGCUACUCGAGCCCGCAGAUCCGCGGCGCCACCGAGGAGGAGACGCUGGGGCUCGUGAAGGGCGACUCCAACACGUCCCAGUCGAUGCCCGCGCUGGCGCAGUACGACGACAGCGACGAGGACGACUACACCGCCGAGUACUUCGACGACAAGCAGGCCCGAUACGGGCACAGCAUCACCAGGGGGUACGCCGCCAACCCGAGUCCGCCGCGCAGGAGGGGCAGCGACGAGAAGGGAUCCAGUGAGGCGCCGGUCGACGAUCAUGAGACGUACCUCCAGCGGCUGAGGGAUCGGCGGCGGAGUGGUGGCGGCGGCGAUGAUGGCGGUAGGACGCCGCCGGCGGGUGGUGGUGGGCGGAUGGCAGGGUUCAUCUGAUUUCUACGGUCUCAUUUGCUUUUUGGGUAUAUUACUGUUUAUGCUUGGGAAGAGCCUAGGCACGACACACGGACGAUGAAUGAAUACAGCAUGACGACGACAGGAAGGGGGGUACUUCAUGAAUCAGCACCACCACACUCCGUUUUGGUUAUCCUCUACCGGCUGCACCUUUUGAAUGGGCAUGCACCUCGGGCAGCUUUCCAUGUUGCUUUCUGGCUCUUUCGGGU